AUGUUCCAAUUCAUCCCUCUGCUGGGUGCCCAGUCCGCCUCACGCGCCUCGGCAUCUCUCCUGCUCCUCGACAAUGGCAUCAAAAUCCUCGUAGACUGCGGUUGGUCCGAACCGUUCAACGUCGAUGACCUCCAGCAGAUCGAGAAACACGCACCAACCAUCUCCCUCAUCCUCUUAACCCAUCCGACUCUCUCCCACAUCGGCUCGUACGCUCACUGCUGCGCCCACAUCCCUCAUUUCUCUCGUAUCCCCGUCUACUGCACCUAUCCUGUCGCUAAUCUCGGUCGCUCCCUCUUGCAAGACGCAUACCUGUCCACCCCUCUCAUCACCUCAACCUACCCCCCCACCUCCGAUCUAUCGCCCUUAGUCCUACGCAAUCCUCCGUCAUCUGAUGAUAUAGACCGAUACUUCGACUCAUUCAGCUCAUUAAAAUACUCCCAGCCAUUCACAUUCCCUUCUCCACCUCUAGCGGGACUCACGAUCACGGCAUACAGAGCUGGUCAUACACUCGGUGGAACAAUAUGGAGGAUCCAACAUUCGCAUUCUUCGGAGAAUAUAUUGUACGCGGUAUCUUGGAAUCAUCUGCGUGAUGCGCAUUUAUCAUCUGCAUCUUUUUUACCGGGCCCUACGGGUGUUUCUGAGGAGUUCUUGAAUCCGACAGCCUUGAUAUGUUCGCCCUAUAAUUGUUUGCCGGGACAAGUUUCCACGCCUAGGAAGAAAAGAGAUGAAUUGCUACUUUCAGCGAUCAGGAAAGCGGCUUUCGCAGGCGGGACGGUAUUGAUUCCCACCGACUCCUCAGCAAGGAUUCUGGAAUUGGCGUAUCUGCUAGAACACGACUUUCGUUCGAAAUCCUCAAACUGGGGUUCCUCGGGUGCCACAAUAUCUCUUGCAGUUCGUACUGCCGGUCGAACAUUCCGUUACGUCCGAGCUUUACUAGAAUGGAUGGAUGAAAGCAUGGUAAAGGAAUUCGAAUCGGUAACUCAUAACAACAACCCUUCAUCCCGUCGAAAACCGAAAUCUUCAAAUACAGGAGCUGGUGAUAAGGAGGACGAUAAACUAUACGGACCCUUCGAUUUCCGACAUUUAAAACUGGUGGAACAUAAACACCAGUUAACCAAGAUCCUGUCCCGAAAGGGCGGAAAAGUCGUGAUUACGAGUGAUAAGUCGCUAGAAUGGGGAUUCUCAACGGAGGUUGUUAAAUCCAUCGCCGAUGACGAACGAAACCUCAUCGUUCUAACAGAAAGAGGAAGUGAAGGCACUGCCGGCGGCUAUCUCUACAAAAAAUGGCGAGAACUCUGUCUUCCCGUCUCCAAAAAGGAAGAAAUAGGCGACGCGAGCAUCAUGGGACAAGUCGUCAAACUCGAUAACGUUCUACUAGACAUGAACGUUGGCCUCAAAAUUCCAUUGAACGAAUCUGAACUCCAAGCACACAAUGAAUUCCUAAAACAGCAACAACUAUCUCACGACAUCAAAGACGCCGAAAUUUCUCUUUUGGAAACAGCAGAGAAUAUAGCUGGCGCCGUGAACGCCGAUGACGAUGACGAUAUUGCCGGCGUUAGCUCCUCAAGUGACGAAGAAGAUGAAGAUGAAGAUCCAACGUUACAAGGGAAAUCACUAUCUACUGGUAUUCAGGCUCGGAAAGCCGUCGGCGGCGGGGGGAUAGUGGAUGAAGGUAUCAACGUACUUAUGAAAGGGAAAGGGGUUCACGAUUGGGACGUCAGACAUGCGAAAGGUAGAAACAGAAUGUUUCCUUUCUCCGUUCAAAGACGAAAAUUCGAUGACUAUGGUGAAGUCGUCAGAGUAGAAGACUUUGUCAAAGCAGAGGAAGACGUUGCAACGGGUGGUGGUACUACCGGUGUUAAAGGCGAGAAAAUUGAGUUCUUGGGAGGAAGAGGUAGUGGAGUCGUUUUACCGGGUACGGACGAGGAAGGCGGUAUAGGAAGGAAACGAAAAUGGGAUAAAGUCUCCACUACAGCCAACAAACGUGGUGGUAACAUUCACGCAUCAAAGAAGUUGAAGCAGGGACGAAGAGGGAGGGAAAGGAGUCUUAGCGUCGAAUCUGAGGAUGGGCAAAUAUCCGAAAGCGAUGAAAGCGAUGACUAUGAACCUGAGGAUGUUACUAGUACGACAAGCGGGGUUUGUAAAUUGGUCAUCAACACCACAACAGUGAUGUUGAAGAACAAUCUAGUCUUCAUAGACUACUCCGGUCUUAGCGACGGACGAAGUUUGAGGAUGCUGCUACCUCAGUUGAAACCCAAGAAGGUUGUGUUAAUCGGGGGGACUAUAGAAGAAACCGAAGUAUUAGGAAAAGAAGUCGAGGGAAUGAUGGAGAAAGAAAGAAGAAAGUUGAGAGUUGAUAACGAUGAUGGCGAGGAAGAACGGGAAAGGGAGGUGUUCAUGCCAAAGAUCGGAGAGGCCGUGAAUGUGGGUGGAGAGACAGAAGUAUGGAGCUUGAAGCUCAGCGAUGGAUUAGUCAAAAUGUUGAAAUGGCAGAGCGUGGGUGGAUUAGGAGUUGUCCACGUCGUCGGCCGAGUAACCGUCGAUACCUCCACCGACCUCAUAAAAGCAGAAAACAUCAAGGACGAAGACACAGCGAUGAAAACAGAAGAAGAAGAGCCCGACAAGAAGCGACAGCUGGUUUUGGACAUCUUACCAACAACGACAAAUACACCUGUCAAAUCGGCGAAACCUAUUCAUGUUGGGGAUAUAAAACUGCCGGAGUUGAGAAGGGUAUUGCUGGAUGCGGGACACACUGCUGAACUUACCGGCGAGGGAAGGCUGUUGUGCGAUGGAGUGGUGAGCGUGGUCAAGGAAGGGGUAGGAAGGGUGACCAUCGAGGAUGUGGGAGGCAGUGGAGGGUUGUUGAGCGGUAGAGGCAAAGGGAAGGGGAGGUUUUGGGAGGUUCGGAGAUUGGUCUAUGAGGGGUUGGCGAGGGUUUCCGGGAAUUAA